AUGUCGGCUGCAAUACAUCUGCAGGGCCCCCAUGCUCACCCACCAUCGCUUCCCCCCGCUCCUGUCCAGUACCACCAAGUCGGCAAGAUCGGCGAGGGCACCUAUGGCGUCGUUUUCCGAGCUCACGAUCGCGUGACCAACCGCCUGCUUGCACUGAAGCAAAUCAGGCGAGGCGAAGGGGCCGAGUUGCUGCGCCACCGGCUGGAGGCAGAGGAGGAGGGGGUGCCCUCCACCGCCAUUCGGGAAAUCUCGCUCCUGAAGGAGCUGCAGCAUGAGAACAUUGUGAGCCUCUAUGACGUCGUGCAUGAGGAUCGCAAGCUGUACCUCGUAUUUGAGUUCCUGGACGUGGACCUGAAGAAGAGCAUGGACAGCAACCCGGCCGCCUUCAAGGACCCUGCGCUCGUCAAGAAUCUUCUGAUUGAGGAGAAGACAAAUACCCUGAAACUGGCUGAUUUUGGGCUGGCGCGGGCUUUUGGGAUCCCCGUCAGAGCCUAUACCCACGAGGUGAUUACACUGUGGUACCGCGCCCCUGAGAUCCUCCUCGGAUCCAAGCACUAUGCUACGCCCGUGGACCUCUGGUCCAUCGGCUGCAUCUUCGCGGAGAUGGCCCUCCAGAAACCCCUCUUCCCAGGCGACUCGGAGAUUGACGAGCUGCUGAAGAUCUUCCAGCUGCUGGGGACGCCCGACGAGACGGUGUGGCCCGGCGUCAGCCAGCUCCCCGACUACAAGUCGAUCUUUCCCCAGUGGCGGCCAAAGCCGCUCGCGCCCCUCAUCCCUGGCCUUUGCCCCGCGGGCAUCGACUUGCUCAGCCGGCUGCUGGAGUAUGACCCCAACCGCCGCAUCACGGCGCGCGCCGCGCUGGACCACGUCUACUUUGACGACCUGCGAGCGGCGCGAGGCAGGCCCGCGUGA